AUGCUCAAACCGUCGACCAACGCUUCGUCUCUGUCGGCCGAGUCGCACACGUGUGCUUUUUGCCCCAAUCCCAGCAACUACAGCUGUCCCAAAUGUCAGUCGUUAUACUGUUCGUUGGCGUGUUAUAAGGGCGAGAAACACGUCUUCUGCUCGGAAAAGUUCUACAAGACCAAUGUGGAGGAGGAGCACGAGUUCCAGAACUCCAGCCACAUGAAUCCAGACAAGGUGGCCGAUCGCAAGAAGGUGCUGGAGAUUGUGGAUCGAUACGGGCAGGAAUAUGACGGGUGGAAGUACGAGGUGCCCAAGGGAGUUGACACCGACAAGAUCAGAAAGGAGCUGGAUUCGAGCCCCACGGAGCCGAAAUGGACCAAGGAGGAGGAGGAUGAGCUCAACGAGUUGCUCGACCAGGUCCCCGAAGACGAGCUGUGGAAGCUCCUGUCACCGGACGAUCAACAGCGGUUCCUACAGUUCGCCAAGAUGAGUGGACAUGGCGUUUAG